AGAGCUGGAUGAAGCUAAUUCCAUACAGCCACCAAUGCCACCUACGGAAUUUGCCUAUUCCGCUAUAAUGCCGGGAGUGGUUUUAGAGGAGGUACCAAUUCUGACACCUGAUAAGCUGGAGGUGCUCUUUAAAGAGCUGGAUGAAGUUAAUUCCAUACAGCCACCAAUGCCACCUACGGAAUCUGCCCAGUCUGCUAUAAUGCCGGGAGUGGUUUUAGAGGAGGUACCAAUUCUCGCACCUGAUGAGCUGGAGGUGCUCUUUAGAGAGCUGGAUGAAGCUAAUUCCAUACAGCCACCAAUGCCACAUACGGAAUUUGCCUAUUCCGCUAUAAUGCCGGGAGUGGUUUUAGAGGAGGUACCAAUUCUCACACCUGAUGAGCUGGAGGUGCUCUUUAGAGAGCUGGAUGAAGCUAAUUCCAUACAGCCACCAAUGCCACCUACGGAAUCUGCCCAGUCUGCUAUAAUGCCGGGAGUGGCUUUAGAGGAGGUACCAAUUCUCACACCUGAUGAGCUGGAGGUGCUCUUUAGAGAGCUGGAUGAAGCUAAUUCCAUACAGCCACCAAUGCCACCUACGGAAUCUGCCCAGUCUGCUAUAAUGCCGGGAGUGGUUUUAGAGGAGGUACCAAUUCUCACACCUGAUGAGCUGGAGGUGCUCUUUAGAGAGCUGGAUGAAGCUAAUUCCAUACAGCCACCAAUGCCACCUACGGAAUUUGCCUAUUCCGCUAUAAUGCCGGGAGUGGUUUUAGAGGAGGUACCAAUUCUGACACCUGAUAAGCUGGAGGUGCUCUUUAAAGAGCUGGAUGAAGCUAAUUCCACACAGCCACCAAUGCCACCUACGGAAUCUGCCCAGUCUGCUAUAAUGCCGGGAGUGGUUUUAGAGGAGGUACCAAUUCUCACACCUGAUGAGCUGGAGGUGCUCUUUAGAGAGCUGGAUGAAGCUAAUGCCAUACAGCCACCAAUGCCACCUACGGAAUCUGCCCAGUCUGCUAUAAUGCCGGGAGUGGUAUUAGAGGAGGUACCAAUUCUCACACCUGAUGAGUUGGAAGUGCUCUUUAGAGAGCUGGAUGAAGCUAAUUCCAUACAGCCACCAAUGCCACCUACGGAAUUUGCCUAUUCCGCUAUAAUGCCGGGAGUGGUUUUAGAGGAGGUACCAAUUCUCACACCUGAUGAGCUGGAGGUGCUCUUUAGAGAGCUGGAUGAAGCUAAUUCCAUACAGCCACCAAUGCCACCUACGGAAUUUGCCUAUUCCGCUAUAAUGCCGGGAGUGGCUUUAGAGGAGGUACCAAUUCUCGCACCUGAUGAGCUGGAGAUGCUCUUUUUUGAGCUGGAUGAAGCUAAUUCCAUACAGCCACCAAUGCCACCUACGGAAUUUGCCUAGUCCGCUAUAAUGCCGGGAGUGGUAAGUCAUUAUUUCAUAU